CACCAGGUCCUGGUCAGCUUAUUCCUUCUCCUCCUCCCUUCCCAGUGGUAGCUCUCCUCGCCCAGAUCCCAAAGGCGACCCUUUCCUCAGGGUCCCGCUUGGUACCAGGGCCCCCCCCAGCUGGGGGACUGCGCCUGGAAGCUGUGAUGGAGGCCCUGCAGAGACAGCAGGCAGCUAGGUUGGCCCAAGGGCUGGGGCCAUUGGCCCCCCCUCCACGCCCGGUGCUGCCACCACGGCCUCCCCUGCCUGGCCCUGGAACCCUACAGGCCCCUGAGGGGACCUUGGGGAAUGUUGGGGCUGAGGAAGAGGAGGAUGCUGAAGAAGAUGAGGAGGUGGAGGAAGCCAGAGCAGAGGAGGAGGCGGCAGCUGAGGAGAGCCAUUCAGGGGUCCAGGGGCCCAGCUCGCCUUCCAGCCAGGCUCCUGGACCCCAUCCCCACGAGUGGACCUACGAGGAACAGUUCAAGCAGCUGUAUGAGCUCGAUGCAGACCCCAAGAGGAAGGAAUUUCUGGACGACCUGUUUAGCUUCAUGCAAAAGAGGGGGACGCCAGUGAACCGUGUGCCCAUCAUGGCCAAGCAGGUGCUGGACCUGUAUGCACUGUUUCGCCUGGUGACCGCUAAGGGCGGCCUGGUGGAAGUCAUCAAUCGCAAAGUGUGGCGGGAGGUCACGCGCGGCCUCAGCCUGCCUACCACCAUCACCUCGGCCGCCUUCACUCUACGCACCCAGUACAUGAAGUACCUGUAUCCGUAUGAGUGCGAGACGCGGGCGCUCAGCUCCCCUGGGGAGCUCCAGGCCGCCAUAGACAGCAAUCGGCGCGAAGGCCGUCGCCAGGCUUACACUGCAGCCCCGCUGUUCGGCUUGACAGGACCGCCCCCUCGGGGAACUCAGGGACCAGGCUUGGGUCCCGGCCCCGCCCCUCUCGCACAACCGCCCGGCCCCGGCCCCGCCCAGGGAUCCGCCUCCGGCCUGCCGGCGCAUGCGUGCGCCCAGCUAAGCCCAAGCCCUAUCAAGAAAGAGGAGAGUGGCGUUCCAACCCCUCACCUGGCACUGCCUGUGGGCCUGGCCUUGGGACCUACACGGGAGAAGCUGGCACCAGAGGAGCCCCCAGAGAAGAGGGCUGUGCUGAUGGGGCCUAUGGACCCACCUCGACCUGGCAUGCCCCCCAGUUUUCUGCCCCGUGGCAAAGUUCCCCUGAGGGAAGAGCAGCUGGACGGGCCUCUCAAUCUGGCAGGCAGUGGCAUCAGCAGUAUCAACAUGGCCCUAGAGAUCAACGGGGUGGUCUACACUGGUGUCCUCUUUGCCCGCCGCCAGCCUGUGCCAGCUUCCCAGGGCCCAACCAACCCUGCACCCCCACCCUCUACAGGGCCCCCUUCCAGCACCUUUCCCUAAAAGCUCCUAGUCAGAACUAAGAGUCCCAGCCCCAUUGCUGAGGGGGGAAGAGACCCUCCUCCACCUUGAUUCUUUCAGGGUGUCUACUCUGGGACCCAGCCCUAGGAGGUGACCUCCACCCCCCCAUGCCAUGUGGACUUGAAGCCAAAUGUUCUUUUGAUGUUACAUCUACCUCAUUGUAAAGGGAGGGCACCUCCUCCCUGGCCAAUUCUAGCAGCAUCUACCAAAGGGUUCUUUUCCCAGUAACCCCCAUCAUCUCCUCAGGUGCUUCCUGUGCCAAUGUCAUCUCUAGGAUCCUGCCCCUCUGAGUCAGCCCUGCUUCUCUUCAGGAGCCAGGUGAAAGGCUGGGUUGGG